UUAGCUGGAACGCAUGCCGGAAGGGAACGCCAGUUGAAGACUACCAACAAACCAAAGACAACCAUCAACUAUAACUUAAGUUUAAAUACUUCGAAAACUUCCAUACGCAAAGGACUAUCAGAUUACACUUUUGUGAAGUCCUGUAGUUUCUUUAAGGAGUCAAAUUCACAACUGUAACAUGGGUAUAGUUGCUGGAGUAGUCGUUGAUGUAACAGUGACUGCAGCAUCGGCAGCAGCAGAGGCCGCGGCAGGAGCAGCAGCAGAGGCAGCGGCAGAGGCAGCAACAGAGGCAGCGGCAGAGGCAGCAGCAGAGUCAGCGGCAGAGGCAGCAACCGAAGGAGCAGAAGAGGCAGCGGCAGAGGCAGAAGCUGAAGCUGCUGCUGAAGGUGCCGGAGAAGCAGCGAGAAUUGUAUACAAAGUUGCACGUGCAGUAGAGAAGCUGAGCAAAUUUACUAAAGAGUUCUUUGCCAUUGAUGCAGUAUUUAAGACUGCUGAAAAAAUUCUCCAGUCUAUUGUCGGCGCCGCUUCCAGUCAGAAAAUUGAGAAACUGGAAAAAUUAAUAAAAAUCUUGAAAGAUAUGGGAAAUAAGCUGACGACAAUCACAAACUGGAUAGACGAACACAAGAACGACACUGUAAAGCUUGAUGGUAUCGAUGUCCCAGUGGAUUCCGGGGUUCUCGCCAAAUUCAUGACGCCACUUUCAACAGGAGCAGGCGUGCUACAGCAACUCUCCGUCCGGGUUAGUCAGCAAAACGAUCAGAACCAAGUGAUUACUGAUGAGCAAAUAUCAUCUCUUAGUCGAAGUCUUCUGAAAGUUGCCAACACUUUCGAGUCGCUGUCAACUUACAAGACAGAGAAGAGUACAACUGUACCUGUGCUGUCAUCAUUCCCUAUCAGCGCAGAUGAGGUGUCUGCCUGGAAGGCUGAUUUGUGCUAAACAAAUAAUGAAUCCACAUACCGGACAUACCGGGACCAGGCCAUUUACAUAGAAUUUUAUCGCCGCAAUCUAUUCUGGUUCAUUUUUAUUUUGUAAUUGCCAAUAGGUUAGUUGUGCUACUUGCCGUGAAAAAAGAAAAUCAGUUCUAUUGUGUCGUUGUCGCGAUACCUAUAAUAAAUUAGCAUUGUAGUGGCACUGAAAAACAUUGUUUCGACCUUAAAAUCACACAAGAAUAAAAGUAUCCAAAUUGUACUGUAUUGCAGUAAUUUAGGUUUAUUAUGGUCUUCUAAUAUGAGCCAAAAUUUAUAAAGAAAACUCCUUCAGGAAAGUUGAUUUUUGUACUUUGGUAAGAUUGAGCUAAAAAUAAAUAUCUUGGCCGCCAUUUUAAAACGGUUGGAAUAUGGUUUUCUUUGGUGUUUACAUAUGGUGGUGUAGGUCUCGUUUAAUAUGCACUCACUUGAUAAAAUAAUAUAUCAGCACUCUUUCACUUACCAUUAUGCUUUAGUUUGUUGUCUUAUGUCAAUUUUUUUAAACAUUAUUUUGGGUAGAUUCUUGGCAAACAUGUCUAAAAAUAUCUAAAAAACCAUUGAUUAAGAAAAAAUGGGUGCUAGUUUUUUCAUUCACUUUAGGGUAUCCAUUUUGAAUUUUAAAAUUGCCGCUGCGGAAAAUUUGUUAUUAACAAAAAAAAUUGCAAAUAGAUCAUCGUUUUUCAUUUAUAUAUCAUACAAUAGUCAUUUUAUUUUAUCUGAUAUAUAAUGGGUAUCAGUGAUGCAUUGGGAAGAAAAUAAGAGCACAAGUAAUAACCCCUCUUCCCAGAAAUCUUGCUCCCCCACACACCUGCCACUGGAUAUGUUUUUUUGCAAAAAAAAGUUAUUCUCAAGUAUUUAAAAAAUCGCCACAUAUCACCAUAUUUUGCCAUCUGAAUCUCCCCAACUAAAUCACUUAAUUCCUCCUGCCCAUCACCCCGCCUCGCGCCAGGCCCUCCCUCCCCAAACUUCUUUGAAAAUGAAAAAAUGGAGAAAAAAGAGGAAAGGUAUAUUCAAAUUUAGGCCUAAGAAUGAGUGCCAUUUCCGGCCAUCUAGGUGUUAUAGCCACAACAUUUUUUCUUUUUUUUUCUGUACAAUGUUAGACAGGGGCAGAUUUCUCCCUGUUUUUCCACUGUCAUCUUUUAUUUUUUCAACAGUGAUAAUACAAAAUCGCAUACAAAUACUUUGUGUAACAGCAUGUACUGGACAUCAAUCAUGUCAUUACUAGACAUUAUGUCUGUAUAAUAAUAAUGAUCAUUGAGGCCUAUAGUAUAUGAAAUUGCUGCCCCCACCACCUUGUUUAAAAAAUUCUGGAUCCUCCCUCUGUGGAUUGAUGAAAACUUGAACAUGAAAACUUUGUUGAUAUACAAAUCCAUAAAUUAUAAUCACUUCUACAAGAUUUACACUCUCUGUGAGUUGAAAAAUAAAAAAAGUAUAUAUAUAAAUGUUCUGUAC